AUGAGUAACGCUCCUGAAAAAGAUCUAGCCGGUCUGGAGCAGCAGUUGGCUGCUCCAGACUUGCAAAAUACAAAUGCAAAAAUACAAGGUUCUACUUCUGUCCUCAAAAGUAAGAAAACGGAAACUAAAAAAAAUGAAAAAGCCCCAAAACAGCAAAAGUCUGUUGAAGACAAUAGUAAACAACAAGGAAAGUUUGUGGAAUUACCGGGAGCUGAAAUGGGAAAGGUUGUUGUUAGAUUUCCUCCAGAAGCAAGCGGAUAUUUGCAUAUUGGGCAUGCAAAAGCUGCUCUAUUAAAUCAACACUAUCAAUUGGCUUUUAAUGGCCGUCUUAUAAUGCGUUUUGAUGAUACAAAUCCAGCAAAGGAGAAGGAAGAUUUUGAGAAGGUUAUAUUAGAAGACGUUGAAAUGUUAAAAAUUAAACCCGACAUUUUUACAUAUACUUCUGAUCAUUUUGAUAAAAUGUUAGAUAUAUGUGAGAAUGGAAUGUUGAAAGAAGGCUUAGCUUACGUGGAUGACACGGAUGGAGAUAAAAUACGUUUGGAACGCGAGCAAAGAAUAGAUUCAAUAAAUCGAAACAACUCAAUUGAGAAGAACCUAGAAUUGUGGAAACAAAUGGUUUUAGGUACAGAAAUUGGUAUUAAGUGUUGUGUUCGGGCUAAAAUUGAUAUGCAAUCUGCAAAUGGAUGUUUGCGAGAUCCAACAAUAUAUCGUUGCAAGCCUGAAUCCCAUCCUAGAACUGGUGAUAAGUAUAAGGUAUAUCCAUGUUAUGAUUUGGCAUGUCCUAUAAUCGAUAGUUUGGAAGGCGUUACUCAUUGCUUACGCACAACAGAAUAUACUGAUCGUGAUGCUCAGUAUUAUUGGUUUUGUGAUGCAUUAAAGCUUGGUACUCGCAGCAAUGAAACCAGACCUUAUGUGUGGUCAUAUUCAAGAUUAAAUAUGACUAAUACUGUUCUGUCUAAGAGAAAGUUAACUUGGUUUGUGGAACAAGGCCACGUAGAUGGAUGGGAUGAUCCACGAAUGCCGACUGUCCGUGGUGUCUUUAGGAGAGGAAUGCAGGUGGAAGCAUUGAAACAAUUCAUAGUGGCCCAAGGAUCUUCCAGAACUGUUACAGCUAUGCAAUGGGAUAAAAUUUGGUCAUUAAAUCGUAGUAUCGUUGAUUCAAUAGCACCAAGGCAUACUGCUUUGUUAUUAUCCAAUUCAAAUAAAGAAAAUGUAGUAUUAUCUUAUCCACCAGUUGAAGUUGUUGUAGAGAAUGUUGAAAAACCAUAUAAAAUUGACAAUGUCCCUAAACAUCCUAAAAAUUCUCAAUUAGGACUAAAGAAUUGUGUCUGGGCCGCACCUACAAUUCUUAUAAAUUAUAGUGAUGCAGAGUUAUUAGAAGUUGGACGACGAGCAACAUUUAUUAAUUGGGGAAAUCUCCUGAUAACCCGUAUAGAAAGGAACCAAAAUAAUAAUAAAAUAGAGAGAAUUCAUGCAGUGUCUGAUCUUGAAAACACAGAUUUUAAAUCUACAGUCAAAGUUACAUGGUUACCAAAAACCGAUUAUUCAGAAUCUGAAGAAGUUUUACCUAUUCUGGUACCAGUUGUUUGUGUUUAUUUUGAUCACUUAAUUAGUAAAGCAGUAUUAGCCAAAGAUGACGAUUUCAAGCAAUACUUAAAUACAGAAAAUAGUCGCUGGGAAUUGCAAAUGAUAGGUGAUUCAGAGUUGAAAGAUUUAAAGAAGGGAGAUGUGAUUCAGUUACAACGUAGAGGUUAUUUUAUAUGUGAUUCAACUUACCAGCCAUACAACAUUCACACUGGAAAAGAAACGCCACUAGUGUUGUUUAACAUACCUGAUGGUCACACAAAAUCAGAAACUUCAAUCACCACAAGUAAUUUUAAGGAUAAAAAAUCAAAGAAAAAAGAGAGUAUUGCUGUGGCCACUACUAAAACGUCCGAUAGUGCAAACACGAAAAAAGUAACAAAAUUAGGGUUAGAAGUACUAAAGAUAUCCGAAAAUCUUGGAGAAUGGUAUUCUCAAGUGUUGGUUAAAGGCGAAAUGAUUGAAUAUUAUGAUGUAAGUGGAUGUUACGUGCUCAGGCCUUGGGCUUACAGAAUAUGGGAAUUAAUACAAGAAUGGUUCGAUGCACGGAUUAAGAGAAAGCCUCUUAAUAUACGGAAUUGUUAUUUCCCAAUGUUUGUAUCACAAGGAGCAUUAGAAAGAGAAAAAGAACAUAUUGCAGAUUUUGCACCAGAGGUAGCUUGGGUUACCAAAUCUGGUGAAACGGAUUUAGCUGAACCUAUUGCUAUUAGACCAACCAGUGAGACUGGGAUGUAUCCAGCUUUUGCGAAAUGGAUUCAGUCGUACAGAGACUUGCCAUUGAAACUCAAUCAAUGGAAUAGCGUUGUGAGGUGGGAAUUCAAACACCCUCAACCCUUCUUGAGAACUAGGGAGUUUUUGUGGCAAGAGGGUCAUAAUGCGUAUGCAACUAGAGAAGAAGCAGAACGUGAUGUAUUAAUAACAUUAGGCUAUUAUGAGUAUGUGUACAAGAAUAUGUUGGCAGUACCAGUGAUAAAAGGUAAAAAAACUGAAAAAGAAAAGUUUGCUGGAGGAAUAUUUACUACUACUUGUGAAGCAUAUGUAGCAUCUAGCGGUCGUGCAAUUCAAGGUGCCACCUCACAUUAUCUGGGUACCAAUUUUGCUAAAAUGUUUGAUGUUCAUUUUGAACAUCCAGACACACACGAGAAAUCAUUUGUUCAUCAGAUUUCAUUUGGAAUGACAACUAGAACUAUUGGUGUUAUGGUAAUGGUUCAUGGUGAUGACCGUGGGCUGGUUUUACCUCCACGCGUAGCAUCUAUUCAAGUAAUUAUUGUACCAUGUGGUGUAGGAGUUAGCACAGCAAACGAAGUCAAAGAUAAUUUGACUAGAACUUGUUUAGAUGUAUGCAACAGAUUAAAAGGAGAUAGUCUAAUAGAAACUGAUGAUGAAAAUGACAAUAGUGUUAUCCAACAUCGUAAUUCUUCCUUAAUGAUAAGAGCGGAUACCGACUUGCGAGAUAAUUAUUCCCCUGGAUGGAAGUUCAACCACUGGGAGUUGAAGGGGGUUCCACUGAGGUUAGAAAUUGGACCAAAAGAUUUGGAUCGUAACCAAAUGGUAGCUGUGCGGCGAGAUAAUGGAGAUAAACUAACUAUUCCCUUAGAGGGACGUCCAAAUGAUGGUGGAAACGAUAAGAUGGUCGUAAGAAUAACCGAGUUAUUGAAUCAAAUACAACAAGAUAUGUAUAAUAAAGCAGAGCAGGAAAUGAAAGAAAAUGUUGUGAUAUGUCGUAAAUGGUCAGAGUGUGCUGCGCAGUUAGCAGCAAAACAUUUAUUAUUGAUACCGUUUUGUGGACGUCCUAUUUGCGAGGAUAACAUCAAACGGGAUACCACAUUGGAUGAUGGUACUGCGGAUGUUGGAGCUUCGACAAUGGGAGCAAAGUCGUUAUGUGUGCCAUUUGAACAGCCCAAGGGGGCAGAUAUAUUGAAAUCCAAUGACCAGUGUAUACAUCCAGAAUGUGGGCAGCCAGCUGGAUCUUUCACCCUAUUUGGCCGCAGUUAUUAA